AUCGGAGCGAAAAUGUAGCAGAACUAUAGCUUGCCCUUCUGAAAAGAACCCUUUUGAUUGAGUUGCAUCACCAGAUCCCCAUGUUCCCCACAUUGCGGCACAUCGACGGAACGAAAUGGGAAAGAGGGGGAGAACCUGCACCAACACAAACGAGAAUCACACACACAGAGAAGCCCGAGAGUAAUUUCGCACAUUCAAUUCCGCACAUCGGAAUUAAAAUUCUAGAGGCCAAGGUCACCCAUACCACCUAGAAGCUUCAUCAUAGCGUUCGUAGGAAUGGGAUUCUUCUCGGACAGGUGAGCGCGUGUGAGUGCGGCAAGUUGAUUGCUUGGAUUCAGGAAAUUUGAAUCGGGUUUCGAAGGACGGGGAAUACUGUUCAUGGAUUGCUAUGAUGAGUUGCUAAAUUUAUCAAUUGAGAAAAUGUCAAAGCCUACUUCCUAGUGUGAUUUGCGACGAGUACUUAGGAUUUUUGCUCCCAUUACGUCAUCGGAUCCGUUGGCAUUCAAACUACGCAAUUCCAUAACAAAGCUUCCCUCUGUUUACCCUAACCCAAAACAUCGGUGAGAAAAAAAAACCUUCUGGAAGAAACCGGCGAACGAAGGCGGCAAAACGGAGAGAAGGAACUGCAGUCGUGGCGUCGCGGGCAAGCGGAUGCGGAUCGAUGCCACCGAUGACAGUUCUCAAUGAUGGUGACGCAUGCGCCCGACAUGACACCUUCGAUAUUUCCCUUUAUGCAACUUUAUCAAGCACCAGAGGGGGGACUCACAUGUAAACGAGGAAUAAGGGGAGCACGUGUGCUUGUAUCGGUCGCUCAGAAAACACCCACCCACAACACUUCGUCAAACCUGGGAAGAUUCCCAUACACACGCAGCACUCUAGAAGUAACGACUGAUAGCUCCGGAAAUGUCUUGUGUGCGACAACCUGCGUGGGUGCCGUCGAUUUGUCCAGUUUCAAAAUUUCCCAACGAGGUACCCGGCACGGAGGGACCUUCCACUCUACAAUAGGAAAAAAUUACUUCUGCUAAUUAAAAUGAAUUGAAGAUUCAGUUACAGCAUAUAAGCACUCCAUUUUUGGCUCAACUAUUCUGAACAAAGUUCAGAUUCAGAGUUCCGGUCGAGUUAUGUUUCUUUUAAAACCGUACAUAAAACACGGAAACUUUUUGGAAAAAGGAUAUCUAGCCGAUGAUUUGCUUUAAUGUAUUUGCAAUUCUAGAAAAAUGGCCUCAUAGAUUCGCGCUGAUUUUCUCCAUUUAGGUAGUGAGAACGUAUUAUGAGUCUCAGAAAACAUGGAACCUUUUAGUCAAAGAUCGUCAGAAUGAGAUGUCUAAAGUAUGCAAGAAAAAAGAAUCUUCGAUGUACAAUGUACUACGCAAUGUAUAACCAACAUUGUAUGGUUUGGGACAUACCGAAGAACUGUCCAUGGCAGGAUGCAUGAUGCAUGAAGGGAUAGAGAGGUCUUUUAAUAGCUCAUUGUACAUCUCAAUGAACGCAUCAACGUAAAAUUUGGAGCACAAGAGUUCGGAAAAAAAGACUGUCAGGAAUAGUAUCGGAUGCACCAAAGGCUUUAUAAUUUAGUAAAAAUAUUUCACAUGCUCUGUUGUACACUACACAGGCACUAAAUAGUGUGAAAUAGCUAAACAUUAAGAUACAAAAUCAUUCCGGUACCAGUUUCUUAGUUCCGUCUGUAACUUAUUCGCAACAUUCAUAUCAGCAGCAAUCAUUCAUUGUACAGACACAAUUCAAGUCUAUUCCUCUCACAUGCUUCCAGAAAACCUAAAAUAUAAGAACCAUUAGUAUGUAAUAAGAAAACAAAUAAUUUUCGAUUUUCUGGCAAACCCAACUAACAACAACAUGAAAAUAUUUUAUGUUACCUAGUCAACAUAAAAUUAUUUAUUACUCGCAAAGCUUACUACGACCCAGCCAUAAAAAUUAUAGAGUAGACAAGAAAUGUCGGAAGGGGGUGAAUCAAAGUUUAUAGCAAGCAAGCGUAAAAAGCUGGAUACAUGUAAUUUUCAGUUUCCGUCAUUAAUAAAAACAUCUUUUGAAUUGUUCGACAUUAUA